GAAUCAUGCUUUGUUACAUCCUGUAGUUUUCUUUAUUUUUUGCGUAGGUUCUAUGUUUUCGUAACUUUUUAUUUAUGGUCGUAGACUAUUAUUACAAGACAAAUUCACAUGCUAUGACGCAUAACCUUUGAAACCUUUUGAACUAUUCAUAAGUGGUAAAUUUAAGAGUAUGUACAUCUAAGGUUAAUUUUGUAAUCCGGAAACAACGGUCAGUGAUAUAUAAUAAUCUAAAUCACAGUACAUUAAUUAGACCUUAUGUAGAUUAAUUGUCAUUGCAGUGUAACCUAUAGACCUUAGCUAUGCAGCAAGAGCAUUUGUUUAAAGUUCUUGUGAUUGGAGACCUCGGAGUUGGAAAAACAUCGAUUAUUAAGCGUUACGUUCAUCAGAUCUUUUCUCAGCAUUACCGUGCAACUAUUGGCGUGGAUUUUGCGCUAAAAGUCUUGAACUGGGACCAUCAGACGGUGAUCCGGCUACAAUUAUGGGAUAUUGCUGGCCAGGAGCGCUAUGGCAACAUGACUCGGGUGUACUACCGAGAGGCUGUGGGAGCGCUUAUAGUAUUUGAUGUGACAAGAGUCUCCACAUUUGAUGCAGUACUAAAGUGGAAAGAUGACUUGAACAGUAAGGUUACUCUCAGCAGUGGGAAACCAGUCCCAGUUGUUCUGCUUGCCAAUAAGUCUGACCAAUCACAGGAGGGCCUGUGUUCCCAGAUUCCCAGGCUUGAUACAUUUUGCAAAGAAAAUGGAUUUGUGGGCUGGUUUGAGACCUCAGCCAAGGAGAACAUAAAUAUUGAAGCAGCAGUCAAGUGCCUGGUAGAGCACAUACUGGCCCACGAAGAGAGCACUGUCAGUGACUUGGACCCAGACACGGUGACACUGCCUGGAUACAACAACAAUACCAAAGAUCUUGGUCGAGCCAGAUGUUUGACAUGCUCCAAAUGAUAAAGGGCAGUCUGAGAGAGAGAAAGAGAGAGAGAGAGAGAGAGAGAGAGAGAGAGAGAGAGAGAGAGAGAGAGAGAGAGAGAGAGAGAGAGAACUCUAUCCUUUUGAGGAUAUAAAAGUGCUUCAUGCAAUCUAUACCUUCAAUUACUUGCCAGGAUGCAGGGUUAUAUAGUAGUCAGUUAUAAUUCGCUGUCAAAAUUGUUGUAGAUGGAUGACAUGAAUAAGCAGGAUGUUUGGGUUAGCAUAAAGUAGGUGGAGGGCAACUCAGCAGAACUACUGUGUGCUGAUGCCCCAAACGUCACAGCAGUUGAUCAUCUUCAGUUUCCCCUGACUCAUUCAAGUUUUAUUAAACAAUGUCUCAUUUAUUCCAUGCAAUAUACACUAACACACAAUACUGCUGGAAUUUUUAGAACAGGAAAUUCCACUUGUUUUUUAAUACUGUGUGAAUGUAAUAGUUCAACUCAUUUAUUUUUCAACAUUUAUUUUUCUUUCAUCUGUAA